GGGGUUAACGUUGACCACCCCUGCUAUAAACUCAUCAUGGGACUGUCAAUUUCAUUCAUUGCAUUCAGUGUACUCUGACACGUUGCAGACGCACAUGGGAGGCAGCGGUUCGUUGUAAUGCAUGACGGGAGUUGUAUUUUUUUUCUUCGCGUCCUUGGCGUUAUAUCGUCACAGAAAAACUACUACUCCCAUAUUGUAUCUUCCAUCCUGUAGACUUGCGCAGUUUGUUCAAGAAGACCUUAGAUGAGUUGUGUAUUUGAAGGGACGGUGGUAGGUGUAUUUACGUUAAAAAAAAAGUUUAAACAGUAAACAAAUGGAGCCUGCUUGGCGCCAAGCAGGUAAGGGUAGAGGCAGGGGUAGAGCAGGAGGAGGAAGUGGGCCACCACAGCCGGCAGUUCCGCGGCCAGCGAGAGACAGCCGGACCCCUGCUGUUGGUAGAGAAGGUGGCAGUGGAAGAGGCAGAGGGGCAGCGUAUGCAGCUGUCACCACUUCUGGAGCAGGGCAAGAAUCACAUUUGAAUGAAAAGCAAUCGUCUCAGAAUAAGUUUGAAGAAAUCCGAAAAGCCAAUCAGGCGGCAGCUCAGAAGUUCACAGACGUUCAGUACAGCUCUUCUUCAGAAGAGGAUGAAGAAGAAGAAAUUCAUGGGAAACACGGGAAGAUUUUGACUUCUACAUUUACAACAUACACUGAUCAGACAGGAGGAGAUGUCACAGAACUGGAACGUACCAGACAAUACCUUAGUGAUGCUUUUCAAUCAGGGGCUAUAACAUGCUUGAUUUGUAUUGCUUCUGUCAAAAGGAAUCAGCCGGUUUGGAGUUGUUCAGGAUGCUACUGUAUAUUUCACAUGCCUUGUAUUCAGAAAUGGGCAAAGGACAGCAUCUUUCUAGUAUCUUCAGUAACCGAUGAAGACUUUGGUAAAAAAGACCACCCCUGGCCAUGUCCAAAAUGUAGGUAUGAGUACAAACAGUCUCAGACCCCUAACCGAUAUAACUGCUACUGUGGGAAAGUGGAAGAUCCUCCUUUGGACCCCUGGCUUUUACCACACUCCUGUGGCCAAGUCUGUGAUAGAGAUUUCAAGCCUUCUUGUGGACACAGGUGUUUGCUGUUGUGUCAUCCAGGUCCCUGUCCACCAUGCCCUAAGAUGGUCACUGUGACGUGCUUCUGUAAAAAGGCUAAAGCUGUACCGAGGCGGUGCAGUGCCAAAGCCUGGUCCUGCCAGCAGUCAUGUGGGAGGGUGCUGCCUUGUGGACAGCAUGCAUGUGCAAGCCCUUGUCAUGCAGGUGAUUGUCAACCUUGUCCUCGUGUAAGCAAGCAGCGGUGCCUUUGUGGAAAGAAUAUUGCGGAAAGGCUUUGUGCUAGCCCAGUUUGGCAAUGCGAGAAGGUCUGUGGAAGAACCCUGCCUUGUGGGAAUCACACGUGUGAGAUGGUCUGCCAUCCAGGUCUCUGUGGAGAGUGCCCUCGAGCUGGAAACCGGGCAUGCCCAUGCGGCAAAUCCAAGUACUCUCUCCCCUGCACUGAGGAUGUGCCAACAUGUGGAGACACCUGUGAGAAAGUGAUGGAGUGCGGGCUUCACAAAUGCUCAAUGCGCUGCCAUCGAGGGCCCUGUGAGACCUGCAGACAGGAGGUGGAGAAGCAGUGUCGCUGUGGGAAGUACAGCAAGCUCAUGCCCUGUCACAAGGAGUACCUGUGUGAAUCAAAGUGUCCUAAAACAAGAAACUGCCAGAGGCACCAGUGCAAAAGAAAGUGCUGUUCAGGAAACUGCCCACCAUGUGACCAGAGCUGCGGUCGAACCAUGGGAUGCAGGAACCACAAGUGUCCUUCUGUCUGCCACAGAGGCAGUUGCUAUCCAUGUCCUGAGACGGUAGAUGUGAAAUGUAAUUGCAGCACCACUUGUAUAAAAGUACCUUGUGGAAGGGAGAGGACAACCAAACCACCCAAGUGUAAAGAGCUGUGCAGGAAUCCUCCGACGUGUCAUCACUCAAGUCGAGAGAGACAUCGCUGCCACUUUGGCGCCUGCCCCCCAUGCCGACAGCCUUGCCAGAGAGUGCUGAAGAAAUGCGGACAUGUCUGUCCAGCUCCGUGCCACGAUGAAGUGAUGGUCAAACAGACUGACAAACAUCAGCUUGCAGGUCCUUGGGAACAGCCUUCUGAACCGGCCUUCGUUCAAACUGCUCUGCCUUGCCCACGCUGUAAGGUUCCUAUACCCAGGGCAUGCCUUGGGGAACAUGAGGUAACUCCUUUGCCCUGCCAUGCAGUUGGCCCAUUCUCCUGCAAAAGGCCUUGUGGACGGCUCCUGUCCUGUGGGAACCACACCUGCAUGAGGGAGUGCCAUGUAGUGUCACAGCUCAGCGACACACAGGAUAAACGCAAGGCCGGUAAAGAGUGCCAGCAAUGUGAAGAAGGGUGCUCAGAGCCCCGGCCUCCUGGCUGCUCCCACCCAUGCGUGCUGCCCUGCCACACUGGAGCCUGUCCACCUUGCACACAGAUGAUCAGAGUCAAAUGUCACUGCAAGAUCAUGUCCCUUUUCAUCGAGUGCUUAAAGAUAACUACUGCUGAUAAAAACACAAAAACAAUUCUGAGUUCCUGUAAAAACCAGUGUCCCAAACAGCUGCCCUGUGGUCAUCGAUGCAAAGAGACUUGCCAUCCAGGUGACUGUGAGGAGAGCUGCAACCAGAAAGUGAAACUCAAAUGUCCUUGCAAAAGAAUUAAAAAGGAGGUUCCCUGCUUCAAAGCACGUGAGACCCAGAUCUCUGUGGAGUGUGAUGAAGCAUGCAAGGAUGUGAAAAAGAGAGCUGCCGAGUUAAAAGAAGCAGAAGAAAGGGCUGCAUCUGAGGAAGAAAAGAGAAAGCAGCAGGCGGAAUUGGAGGCAUUUGAGAAGAGACUGAAGGGACGUCGCAAGAAGAACAAGAAAAAGGACGAAGUAGAAAUUGAAGAGACCAUUUGGCAGAAAUAUAAAAAGUACAUCAUGGUGCCUGUCUGCGGAAUUGUGUUGGCAGUGGCAACAUUUUAUUUAAUUCAGGCUGGUUAAUAUGUCAGUUAGUACAGUGUACAGCCUCCUAAUACAAUGACCUCUGUAGCUACUGAACAUGGGUAUAGACAAGAUUAGUUUACUGGCCUGUUGUAGUUGAGUUAUAUAUUUCCUGUAUCUGUAUAGGACUGUAGUUUUGAAAAAUGAAGAAAUUAAGCAAAAAAUAUAUAUAGUUAUGCAAUUAAGCAUGUCAUUAUGAAAAAAUAUAUAAUUCCCCUUUUUAUUCCCAUAAUUUUAUAGAUUUAGAGUGUGCAUGAGAAAAUGAUUUGGAAACGGUGGUCUAAAUAAUUAUCUGCAUUUAAUUCUGUUAAACAUUGCUUUGUUUAAAGUGCAUAGAGCUAACAAAAUAAUGUCAUUAAUAUGUACAUUAUUUCUUUGGUCUAACAUUUUCCUAUAUAAAAAAGUGUUUUGAUUUUUUUUUUAUUUAAGAAACUACUUCUGGAUAUUUCAAUGCUGCAGUUCUGACACAUUCAUACAUUUACUUCAUGUUAAUUUACAUGUUUUCAAAGUCUUUGUGUUACAUUUCGUGACCUCUUAAAGUAGAAUGUGGAUAUGUGGUGUAAAAAAAAAACUAACAUGUUUACCAUAAUAUCUGCAUCUUUUAUAUAGCGAAAUUCAAGACUUCUUAUUUGAUAGUAAUUCAUAUUAGGUAAGAUUUAAUGGAAUAAUUGUUAGCUCUAUCUAAUUUUAGAGGUUAUAGCUAACAAAGUCAUUUUGUAAAUCGUGCCUGUCAUGCACAUCUAUUCUCAAUUUGUCUCACUUUUUAAAGAAAUGCAGUGUAGUAUUUUCACUUUCCAGUUUUUAACUGGGACUAUCAUACAGUAUGUUAAAGAAAGCUCUGUUUGCAUUCCUUACUUUCAAGUAGUCUUGCACUCUCUUUAGUCACAUCACAGGAGCGAUUCUUUUCUCCAGCUCUUCAAUGUCAGUGCUUCUGUCACUAAUCAAUAUCGGCUUCCCCUAAAUGAUGACAGCUAGUUACAGCUUGUUGCUUUGACCCUGAGGUGAAACUGUAACGGCCUACCUGAAAGUAAGUCAUGGGAAGUGGAGCUUUCUUUAACCUAUUAUGGUGCUCAAUACCUUUUUUAUACACGUUGGCUGUAACAUGCAUUUUUAAUAACUGCACAUACAGUAUCUACAUAGCAGAUACACUGACUCAUUGUGUGACCCUGAGCAAGUCACUUAACCUCCUUGUGCUCCGUCUUUCGGGUGAGAUGUAAUUGUAAGUGACUCUGCAGCUGAUGCAUAGUUCACACACCCUAGUCUCUGUAAGUUGCCUUGGAUAAAGGCGUCUGCUAAAUAAACAAAUAAUAAUAAUAAUAAAGUGUACAACAGGUAAGAUUUAUGAAAUUAUCCACUGCUGUCAUUCGCUUUAACCUCUUUAACUGUGGGUAGAUAAUAAGCAAAUGUUAUUGGUGAGUUUUGGAAACCUAAACUGAUUUAUGAUUGAAGAACUAAAUGAUCAUGUUUGACAUGCUGUGGAGUACACAGAGUAUUUGAUAAUCAGUCAAGCUUUUCUUUUUUUGUCAUCAAUAAAAGUUGGUUUCAAAAUGUA